GCCCGGAGCCAAGAUGGCGGCGCCGCGGGCUGCGGGCGGGCGGCCCUGAGGCGGCUGCGGGGGCCGCGCCUUCUCCGCGCCCCGCGCCGCGCCGGGGGCCGGCCGGCCGGGGGUCCCCGCUCCCCGCUCGCGGGCUGGCCGGCCCGCCGCGCCCGCCCCGCCCUCCGCCAUGGCGGCCGAGAGCGGCAAGCAGUUCUGGAAGCGGAGCGCCAAGCUGCCGGGCAGGCUUAAUCCUCGAUGUACAAACUCAGUGAGGACUUAGAGCCACGAGGGACAGCCCCUGCAGUGCAUUCAGCCUGUCUAUGGAGCACAGCAUCCUCCACUGGACUCCCGACUCACCAAAAACUUCAUCAAGGACCGCUCCAAGGCCAGUGGGCUGCCCAUGAAAAGCAAGAAGGCCUCCAGCUUCCACGAGUUUGCCCGCAGCACCAGCGAUGCCUGGGACAUCGGGGAUGAUGAAGAUGAGGACUUCUCCUCCUCCUCCUCGUCCUCUUUGCAAACUCUGAACUCUAAAGUGGCCAAGGCCACGGCAGCGCAGGUUCUGGAGAACCACAGCAAGCUGCGGGUGAAGCCUGAGCGGUGCCAGCCUGCCCUCGGGGACCUGCCCACCAACUGCAAGGUCAUCAAGUCCAGCAGCGAGGCCCAGCUCUCCAGGACCUCUGAGGAGGCCUGCGUGCGGAGCCCCCUGCAGAAGCAGCAGUCCCUCCCCCUCCGGCCUGUCAUUCCCCUCGUGGCUCGGAUCUCUGACCAAAACGCCUCCGGGGCGCCCCCCAUGACCGUGCGGGAGAAAACGCGCCUGGAGAAGUUCCGGCAGCUCCUGUCCAGCCACAACACCGACCUGGAUGAGCUGAGAAAAUGCAGCUGGCCUGGUGUGCCCAGAGAGGUGCGGCCUGUGACGUGGAGACUGCUGUCAGGCUAUCUCCCCGCCAACUCGGAGCGCAGGAAGCUGACCCUGCAGCGCAAAAGGGAGGAGUACUUCGGCUUCAUCCAGCAGUACUACGACUCCCGCAACGAGGAGCACCACCAGGACACCUACAGACAGAUCCACAUUGACAUUCCAAGGACCAACCCCCUCAUUCCCCUCUUCCAGCAGCCACUCGUGCAGGAGAUUUUUGAGAGAAUCCUGUUUAUCUGGGCCAUCCGCCACCCAGCCAGCGGCUAUGUGCAGGGCAUCAAUGACCUGGUCACCCCGUUCUUUGUUGUGUUCCUCUCUGAGCACGUUGAGGAGGAUGUGGAGAACUUUGAUGUGACAAACCUGUCCCAGGAUGUUUUACGGAGCAUUGAAGCCGACAGCUUUUGGUGCAUGAGCAAGCUGCUGGAUGGGAUCCAGGACAAUUACACCUUUGCACAGCCGGGGAUCCAGAAGAAGGUGAAGGCCCUGGAGGAGCUGGUCAGCCGGAUCGAUGAGCAGGUACAUAAUCACUUUAGGAAGUACGAGGUCGAGUACCUGCAGUUUGCCUUUCGCUGGAUGAACAACCUGCUGAUGAGGGAGCUGCCCCUCCGCUGCACCAUCCGCCUCUGGGACACCUACCAGUCAGAGCCAGAAGGAUUCUCCCAUUUCCACCUGUACGUGUGUGCUGCCUUCCUGAUCAAGUGGCGGAAGGAGAUUCUGGAUGAGGAAGAUUUCCAAGGCCUUUUGAUGUUGCUACAAAACCUGCCCACGAUACACUGGGGUAAUGAAGAGAUUGGGCUGCUGCUGGCUGAAGCCUACAGACUCAAGUACAUGUUUGCAGAUGCCCCGAACCAUUACCGCCGAUAGGGGCCCGGACUGGCUCCUCUCUGCCGUGCCCGCCCCUCGCCCUGGCCCGAUCUGAUCACUGUGGCAUUUUUGUCAUCCCAAGUCCUCAGACACUCCAGCCAGGAGCUGCUCCUUGCUGUACAAAGCUCACCUGAACUCUUGUCUUAACUCUGAACGUGUGCCUGUCUGCCACUCCGUGCGCCUGGAUGUGCCAUUUUGACGACUCUCAGUAUUUCACUCCGUGCUGGUGGCUCACGCCAGGAAGGCUUCAAGGGGCUGAGGGAGAACAUGGGGGAAGCUUUACAGAUAAACUGAGCCGGAGACGAAGCCCUCCUGCCCUCUCCACUCGCUGUCCUGGGCUUGUCUGGCUGGGACCACUGUGGCUUCGCUGCCUCCCGUUGCCCUGCUCCACGUGUGCUGCCCCAUCUGCUCCCUCCUCUCCUCUGACACUGUUUGCGCCAAGUCCCAGAUGAAAAUGCCUUAUCAGAGACCUGCCUGGCCGCAGAAUCCUUCCCACGAGGCUGGCAGGGCAAGGAGUUUCUCUCAGGGCCUACCUUCGCUCCGAGGGUCCAGAGAUCCCCCAAGCACUUUGUGGGUUCACAGAGAGUCCCUGGUGCCUGCCCUCCCUCCUCCUCUCCAUCCUCUUGGCCUACCUCUCCCCCAGGGCAGCAGGGCAGGCACGGCGGGGGCCACCACCACUGCAUCCACACACAGCUGGAGGGACGCGUGCCAGCCUGCUGGAACUCUUGGUGACUGAUGUCCUGUGAGUACAGCCCCAGCCAGGGCGUGGGGAGGCAUGGAGGGGGUGCUGGCAGGGGAGCAGCAUCUCUCCAAAACCUCCUGACAAUGUCCCCGCUCCUCCGAGGCGUUCUGUGUAUAUUGUGUUCUUGUGUAUAUGGGUCAAAGAUGUACAAUAUAUGUCUUCUCUUUGUA